AGUUCAUCAGAGUGAGCAAGCCUCUGUGUCUGGGCAGAUCAUUCCUUUGAGUAUGUCAAGAUCCAGUCCUUUCUGGGCCACUUCCAAAAUCCCAACAGCAGGAAGCCUGUGUUUACCGCUGUUCCAGCUGGUGCUCUCAGAUCUAUCGUGUGAAGAAAAUAAAAUGUGUGUAAACUAUAAUAACCAACAUCCUGAUGGCUGGUAUAUCUGGUUCCUGCUGCUGAUUUUCUUGGCGGUUCUCCUCUGUGGAGUAGUGCUUCUCUGUCUCCAGUGCUGGCUGAGAAGGUGCCGAGCUGACCCUCCCAGACGCACCGUGGCUGUUUUUGCUGUUGGAGACUUGGAUCUCAUUUAUGGUACAGAAAUGGCUGGAAGUCCAACGGCUGGAAUCUGCCUUCCUACACCAAACACUGAACUGUGUCCUGCUCCAUGUUUGGGUGCCUUAGGUCCUCCACCUCCAUAUGAAGAAGCUCCAAAAACAAGCUGAUGGUAACCAGGAUCAACAGUGGAAUGCGUUAGAAAUAUUUGUAA